UUCCGGUCGAUCGACCAUCAUGGAGAAGUCGUUGAAGGACAUGAACGAAGCGCUGGCGAGUGUGUUGGCGCUGGUAGUCGCCCCCGUGGAGUACCCACCGCCCAGUCGUCCGAAUCCUCUGCAGCAGGACGCGACGGACUUGAAUGAUCUGCAGGAACAAAUGGAAGCGUUCUUUGUCCAGGCCAAGAAGUUGGAGACGCAAAUCCUGUCGCAAGACGUCGAUCAUACUGGGGAGAACCGCGUUCAAGUGGAAGCCGAGAUCCAAGCGCUAGAGCAUGAGCUCAACGACAAGAACGACCUCAUCGACAAGUACUCGGAAGUGAUUCGCGGGUGGGAAGGCAAAUUCAAGCGACUCGACUCGAAAAUGUCCGUCUCCUAAGCAUCAUCCAUCCAUCUACCUAAUAAGCCACGUAUGAACAACACCCGAAUACGCAUGCAUCCUACGGUGGCAACGUUCUGCAUCCCAGUCGUUCCAUCUACUUACUCGCGGCACAUUCAGCUCACAAGGAUCCCGCAAAGUACUCAUAGGCCAUGGCUUCCUGUUAACAACUCUUUAAAACUCUCAUGCACACA